AUGGGACGAGAUGACCUCAGGCGGUCCCUUCUUGCCUCAACCACUCUGUGCUUUUGUGGUAUCGAUGUAAACCAGCUAAUGGAUUGUGCUGACUUAAAGCUCUUGGAAGAAGCCACAAUCUCGGUCUGCAAGUCUUUAGUUGAGAAGAAUCCUCGAACAGGAAACCUUGGGUCAUUGAUUAAAGUCUUUCUUUCUAGAACCAAAGAGUUAAAAAUUUCAGCGGAAUGUCAGAAUCACCUCUUUAUUUGGCAGGCUCACAAUGCACUGUUUAUUAUUUGCUGUUUGCUGAAAGUCUUCAUCAGUCAAAUGUCAGAAGAGGAGCUGCAACUUCAUUUUACUUAUGAAGAGAAAGCAUCAGGCUCAUAUGGAACAGAGUGUGAAGACCUCAUAGAAGAGUUGCUGUGUUGCCUCAUCCAGCUCAUUGUUGAAAUUCCCCUGUUAGAUAUUACAUACAACAUUUCCUUGGAAGCUGUGACAACUCUCGUCGUCUUCCUCUCAUGCCAAUUAUUCCACAAAGAAAUUCUGCGAGAGAGCAUCGUUCACAAAUACCUGAUGCAUGGUCGAUGUCUCCCAUAUACCAGCAGACUUGUGAAAACUUUACUAUAUAAUUUCAUUAGACAAGAAAGAAGCCCUCCUCCAGGGACCCACGUCUUUCAGCAGCAAACAGAUGGAGGAGGACUGCUUUAUGGAAUUGCAUCUGGGGUGGCAAUCGUGGCAUCCCUAGGGGAUAUUAAAGUUCAUGCUGCAAGUGGUCUGUCAGAAAAUAUUUUACGGUCUGUGACAGUGCGCGUGGAUCUCCUCAUGGAGGCAGUAAACGAGCAGUUAGUCGUAGCUUAA